AUGGGAGCUUGCGUGUCAAGUGUGCUGCCCUGCAAGAGCAGCUCUUUGAUGGGAGAGGUUGAAACUGUACAGUCGGAGAAGAUGGCAGGUCGCGUUCCUGGCGUCACGGUAUCUUUGGAGGCUGUUAAAAUGGACAUUGCGGAGGAAGCUGGCAGUCCCAGUCCUCUUCUAGAGGCAGUGAUGGCCGGUCGUAUUUUGGAUAUGGAGCGAGCCCAGGCAAUUGCCAGAGACAUUGCGAAGCCGGACUACACCAUUGGCAAGUACUUUCAGGACCUGAUGGCCACUUUUCCAGAGCUGCAUUUGUUUGGCCUUGAGGGGAUGUCUGUUGACACGCUGGAGUUCAAACGCGAUGUCCUUUAUGGCGGACGAGUGGCCGGAGAUGAGUUCCAAAGAACCAUUGGAGCAUUCUUUGCCAUUUACUGGCUAUUGCGUUCGAGCAUUGAUGGCAAGCACGGGUUUUGUCAUGGGGUCGAUGACUCCUGGAGGCCAUUGCCUUCACGUGACGGUGAGAGCGACAAGUGUCGUGUUUUCUACGGCGAUGAGACGAUAUGGAAGUACUUCCAGGACCUGAUGCUCGAUGCAGGCGUUCUCGUCCAAAAGGGCUCGAAGCUGGAAGUGGACUCCGAAACGACCCUGGCCCUCCUGGUGCUGACCGCCUUGCAUGACGUGAUGAAGGUCAGCUUGUUGCUGCCGGUGGUUCAAAAGGCUGAUGCUCCAUACAGAGGCUAUGGCGAGUCGGAGGUCAUUGCAGACCAUGAUCUGGCAAUUUUUUAUCUCAUCGAGCGCUAUCCGCAGCUGCUGCCAUCGCUGAGCAGUUUGAAGCCCGAGCUGCAGUCCUCCGUGCAAAUGGUGCUCAGCGGCCUUGCCUUCAACAACGGCUGGUUUGUGCAAGCGGAGGCUCCACCAGGAGCAGUGUUGCGGGGAAUCAAGGCUGCAAUCACUUCGCAGAACAAGUCUGAUCGACAAGUCAGCAAGCGAGACUUGAGCUUGUACUUUGUACACUGGCUGACGGAUCUGGCCGGCGCCGAGCCUUCGCCAUUGUUUGGAUGCCUAAAGCUCACCAGCCAGCUUCCUCUUCCUGUGCUGAAGAGCUUCAUGGAGUCGGUGAAGUACAUAGAGCAACUGGCAGAGCGCACCGAGACGGAGGUUAUGGAAAGCUACUUGAAGGAGCCGCCACAUAUGCUCAUGCAGGCCGUGCAGGCUUAG